AUGAGGGGACGGAAAAUGCUCACUAAUCCUCUGGAACUGACCGACUCAACCCGUGCCCAAACGCUAGAACUACACAUCCAAAACCGCAUUGCCGCAGAACUCGAGCGCAUCCGUGCCCGCGAAUCUCAAACCCUCGCCGACCUCGAAAAGCGCCUGGCAGAAGACUCCUCAUCCCCCUCUGCAUCUCCCGCCUCCACGAAUACAGACGGCACACCUGUGCAGGAACUGAGCAGCGCGCGGGUGCGGCAGGAGAUCUCGUCAUUGAGCGCCAAGUUGGCGGAGAGGCGCAAGGUGCGCGAACUGGAUGAGGGGGUUGAGAAGGCGCGGGGAGAUCUUGUGAGAUGUUUGAAGGGCAAUAAGAGGAGGCCGUUGGAUUGCUGGAGGGAGGUUGAAGGGUUUAAGAGGGAGGUUGGGCGGUUGGAGAAGAAGUGGGUGGAGAGUGUUGUUGGGUAG